GACAGCAGGGGGGAACACCAAUGGGGCACAACAGUUUAACAUAUCUAACUCAAAGAUCCCUGGGAGCGAUACACUGUGCCUCUCUUACAGAGAAGUAUCUUGUCUCCAGGGGAGAGCAAGGAUCUCGGGCCCAGCGGGCUCCUCCGUACCCACAGUAAGGAUCACUCAAGAUCAAAACAGUCAUUCUUCCAGAGGUAUGGGGCUGGUGGUGAGAGUGUUCAAUCCCAGGAAGUCUCCUUGGGCAGCACUCCAGUCCCAAGGGAAGGGCUUCCCACCACAGACAUCCUGCUCCUAGGAAAACCAUAGGGGUUAUAACCUGGUCUGGUCAGGGCUUGUGGACAUACAUGGUAAUAGUCCAGAAAUUUCUCAGGACUGAGGCAGGCCUCUUAUUACCUGGGGACCCUCUAUGUUGACCAAGAGGUCCUGCCCUUCUUGUUCCCCCCACAAAGGCAGGGUUGGGGUCAUGGUGCACAUGGUGCAGAUGUGGAGUGGGGAUGUGAGGAACAAAAGCGAAAAAGGUGUAAAAGGGCAUGAAAGGCUGGCAGCCACCUCAAACCAGCCAGGGAAUGGGGUGGGAUCCCCCUGACACAGCCUGUAGAAGCUGUAUUUCAGUGUUAUUCCAGAAAUACAGAAGUCACAGUAUAUAUUUCUACUACUGGGAAUAUUCUUUUGUGGGUUAAGAUGGGCUUUUCAUACACAGCUGUUCAAAAGAACCUUUUCUCCCCUCUCUGUCUUCAGCCUGAGCAAAAGACGUGGCUGAGUUUGCUCACAGCAUGGAUAACAGCAGUGGUCCUGUUUUUCUCCUUACCUUGCUCCUGCUGCAGAACACGAGCAGCCCCAAAGCCUCCACCCUUCCUGCUGGCUAUGAGAUGGCAGAACCUCCACCCCCAGGAGCCGGCUCCAGCAUGAACCACUCUCUGGUAGAAUAUGGGCUGAGGCCGGGGGAAGUCGCAGCUGCCACCGUGGUUUGGGGAGCUCUGUGGCUGAUCUCUGUCCUGGGAAACUUCCUCGUCUGCUUAGUGAUCCACAGGAGCAGGAGGACACAGUCCACCACCAACUACUUUGUGGUGUCCAUGGCCUGUGCAGACCUCGUGAGCAGCGUGGGGAGCGCGCCCUUCUUGCUGCUGCAGCUGAGCUCUGGGCAGUGGAUGCUGGGCAGCAGGGUGUGCCAGCUGGUCAGAUACAUCCAGUACCUCACGCCUGGAGUCCAGAUCUAUGUGCUCCUCGCCAUCAGCGUGGAUCGAUUCUACACCAUUGUCUACCCCCUGAGCUUCAAAGUGUCCAGGGGGAAAGCCAAAAAAAUGAUUUUGACCUCUUGGCUCUGUGGUGCUGUGUUUGCAUCACCAGCCUGUUUUCUCUAUGGCUCCAACAGUGACCACCACUGCAACUUUUUUCUUCACAGUUCUUGGCAAGGAUCUGCCUACAGUAUCAUCCACCUCCUCUUGGUGUUUUUGAUCCCAUCCCUCCUCAUUAGCCUUUUUUACCAGAAAGUCAUUAAGUACAUUUGGAGAAUAGGCACGGAUGGAAUGACUGUCAGGAGAACAACAAAUAUUGUUCCAAGAACAAAAGUAAAAACCAUCAAGAUGUUCUUAAUGUUAAACUCAAUGUUUCUCCUGUCUUGGCUGCCUUUCUUCACAGUACAGUUGUGGCACCCGCAGGAAACAGACUACAGAAAGAGCUCCUUGCUUUUCCUGACAAUCACCUGGAUCUCCUUCAGUUCCUCAGCCUCUAAACCAACCCUCUACUCAAUCUAUAAUGCAAACUUCAGAAGAGGGAUGAAAGAAACUUUUUGCAUGUCUGCCAUGAAAUGCUACAGAAGCAAUGCAUACACCAUCACCACCAGUUCCAGGAUAGCAAAAAAAAAUCAUGUUGGUAUUGCAGAUAUUCCAGCUACAGCCAAAAGUGUCACCAAAGACUCCACCUAUGACGCUUUUAACAGAGAAGCCAAGGAAAGAAAGCUUGCCUGGCCUAUUCCGUCCAAUCCCCCAAAUACAUUUGUCUAGUGGGCUUUGUUGUUUUGAAAAGUUACUCCAUACCCCCAGAAGAAGGAAUUUUCUCUCCUUUUGAACAAAUGUAUAGCUACAUAUUUUUAACCGAGCUUUUUGGGGGGAGUGGGUGGGGGGAAGAGAUGUUUUAUUUUAUUAAAUGCCUUGGGUUUGAUGCAUUUGUUCAAUUUCAUUUUGGUUACUACACCCUGCUUUAAGAAACUCUUCUCCCAGAAUCUCAAGCAAUGUUUAUCUGCAAAACAAGGAUCCUUAUGCUCUCUAUCUGUAGGGAAAAUGGAAAGAAAGAAAAGCUGCUUGUUUUAAUCCCUUUACAAAAUGGGUGCAUAAAUGCCUAAAUCCACUCAAAGUCAU